CUUUUGCAGUUACACGGUCAGUCGGUGACUAAUCUAGGUAUCCCAUCCUAGCGAGCAGCGGCUCAACUACACUUGGCUUGAAACUGCAAGAGCCAAUCAUUUUCUCUGUUGAUAUUAUGAUGAUUCAGGUAUCAUUAGUCAUUUAUCGAGUUAUAAAAUGGUUUUUAGUACCGAAAAUUUUCAAGAUGAAUGUCAAGAAUCUGAAGAUUGUCAAUCCAUCUCCAAUUCUUGUAACAAAUUUUCUUCAAAAUUUAUUCAAAUAUUAACAUCAAACCAAAAGCAGGACAACAUAUUAAUUUCAUCAUUCAGUGUUUAUACUAUUUUAUCAGUACUGUUUCAUGGAGCUGAUGAGGUAACAAAAGAGCAAUUGAAAUCAGGUUUAUAUUUGCUCACUCCUGGUCAACUUGGAAAUGAGUUCAAACAAUUAUUGAAAAGUUUGAGAAGCGUUAGAGAAGCUGAGCUAGAAAUAGCUGAUGCUAUUUUUAUUAGUACUAAUUUUUCACUGAAACAAGAAUUCUUAUCUAUCAGUAAAGACAUUCAUGAAAUUAACAUUGAAGAUAUAAAUGUUCAAGAUAGUCCUGGUUCCUCUAGAAAAGUGAAUUCAUGGAUUAAAGAUAAGACGAAAGGAAAAAUCAAUGAUAUCCUCAGUUCCAGUGAUAUUGAUGAUUAUACAAGUCUUAUAUUAGUUAAUGCUUUAUAUUUUAAAAGUGCUUGGCUACAACCAUUUGAUCCUCAAUCUACAGAGAAAAGGAAGUUCUAUAGCAUCAAUGGCAUUACAACUUUCAUACCAACAAUGUACAAAACGAUCAAUUUACCUCAUGGUACUAUUCCUAGUCUGGAUGCUAGUUUUAUAAAAUUGAAAUAUAAGAGUGAAGUUUUUGAAAUGAUUAUUAUACUGCCAAAAGAAAAAGAUGGUUUACAUAAUCUAGAAAAACAUUUUGAAUGGCAUUUAGUUUCUGGAGCACGUUAUUUCAUGAAAGAAGUCGAAUUGUUUUUACCAAAAUUCAAAUUAGAAAACACCUUAGAUUUGAAAAGACCAUUACAAAAAUUUGGGAUCACAUCAAUAUUCCAAGAAACAGCUAAUUUUGAUAACCUUGCUCAUGAAUCAGUGUAUGUAAGCACAAUAAAGCAAAAACUGUUUGUAGAAGUCGAUGAAAAAGGUUCUGAAGCAGCCGCAGCAACGGUUGCUCAGAUAAGAUCGAGAAGGAUGAUUGUAAAGAGUGAUUAUUUUAAAGUGGAUCAUCCAUUUAUGUUUAUCAUCAAUCACAAGCCAAGUAAUAUUCCUUUAUUUAUUGGUAGCAUCCGGAAAUUAGGAGAAGUUAAAGAUGAACUAUAAAAACUUUUUUAUACAAUUUUUGUUCAGUGAAAAGUGUGAUAAUUUUAUACACGAAUGUUUAUUAAUUCUUUCUAUAUAACGUUUUAUUCAGAUUAGGCAGUUAUAUAUUUUUAUUCCUAUUUAUACAAUUUGAUGAUGUAUAAUUUGUUUUAAAAUUAUGAUAAUUAUAGCAUAGCGAUUCAAGAGAAAAUACUUAAUCAAAUCUUAAUGGAUAAUUUUGUGUGAAAAUUGUAUUAAAAUUUCACUCUAUUUAUAGAUGCUUUAUUUUAAGUGUCUCACAGUAUCGAUUAAACAUAGGAAGGGUUCGGGUUGUUGGGUAGUCAAAUUAAUAAUUGAAAAAGAUUGGGAGUUGGCGAGUUUGCGAUCAGAAUGUAACGUUCGACUAACGUUGUUGCCUUAAAAAUUGUGAUAAACAACGUCACCGAAGUGUCGGCAGACUUAUUAUAAAUCCGGGUCCAAAAGGAUCCAAAGGGUAUUUCGAUUAUCCAAAAACCCUUCCAAAAUUUAAUUCAUUCACGCUGAUUUGCAAUUAAAAAAAAUUUUUUUUUUCUAGUUAGCCAAAUUUUUUUAUUUAUAAUGUUAUAUCUUGUCAUAAUACAAAA